GGGGAACAAGAGUUCAUUGCUGUGCUUCAGCGCUCCCGAGCUGUCAGCAGCAGACUCCUGGGCAGCUCUGCCCAGCACAGCAUCACCCCGCAGCACCCACAGCCCUGGCAUCUCCUGAGUCACUGCGACGUGCCCAAAGACCCGACCCGAGGACAGCCCCACAGGAAGCAGCUGCUGUGAAGAGCCACUGAGCCCCUGCAGGUCUGCAUCCCCAAAAACCCAACUCCUGUGCACGUGCAGGGCCCCAGGAGAGCUGUGUGCCACCCUGUCCCACCCACAGCCCUGACUCACGCGGUGCAGAGGAGCCAGGAGCCGUGGAGCCAUGGCUGAGGGCACUGCUGUGGGACCCGGCCCAGGUGACUUGUACCCAAGCUUGGUCUGUCACCUGCACCCUUUUCUUGCAGAGAAUGGCCACCCUGAAGAACUGCACAACAAUCAGCAGCGCGGUGCAGGAUGCCAUCAUGCUAUUUCAGCUGAUUGUCUACAUCCCAGUCCUUAUUCUGGGGCUCCUGCUGAACACCAUCGCCUUCUGGGUCUUCUGCUGCAAACUCAAGAGAUGGACUGAGACCCGGGUGUACAUGAUCAACCUCAUGGUUGCAGACUGCUCCCUGCUCUUCGCCCUGCCUUUCCUGAUCUAUUUUACCAAGAACGAACAUCCCAUAGACAAGCUGUGUUUUUCCAUAGAGAUGAUAUAUUUUACAAACAGUCCUAUGAGCAUCUUCAUCAUCAUGCUGAUUGCCAUCGAUCGAUACAUUGCAAUCAAGUUCCCUCUGAAAGCAAAAGCUCUUCGAUCCCCACUGAAAUCAGCCUGUAUCUGUGGGUUUCUUUGGAUAAUGCAAAUAGGUUAUUCCUACUUCAGCACGUUAUUUAAAAAAGAGAGGGAAAAAUAUUGCUUUCAGAAACAUUCUACUCAGCCUGCAUAUUUAACAUCAUUCUCCAUUUGCUUUCGGUAUUUUAUUCCCCUAGGGAUUAUCAUUUUUUGUUCCAUACAAGCCAUCAGAUGUCUCAGAAAGAAGAUGGCCAGCAGCCUCCAUGAGACCAAGCUAAUCCAGAAAGCAAUCCACAUUAUUUCUGUGAAUCUCUGUGUGUUCAUCUUAUGUUUUUCACCGAUCUACAUUGCACUGAUCCUGCGGCUCGCAGCGGAGGCUGCUGGAGCUUGUCACCUGCUCUCAAAAGUUAGGGCUUCUAUUCAGAUCCUUUCGUGCUUAGCCAAUUCCAACUGCUGCCUUGAUGCAUUCUGCUAUUACUUUGCAGCCAAGGAAAGUCAGGAAUUUCCCUCUCUGCUCCCCGCUUGUAUAUCAGUGAGGUCUAAAGUGAACCAAAGCCAAGAGUCGCAGCAACCCACAGAUCAAGUCAUAACAUAGAAAAAGGACACUGCACUAUAGAUGUUGAGACCAAACUGCUGCACAGGUUCUGAGGCAGAGGGAAUGGGACCACUUGCAAUUGCUCUGGGUAUGGGCAUUUCUGUAGAAAUGGAUUUGAUAGUAACUUGAAUUUUGUCCCGCUGCUCUCACACUUAAAUGUGGCUCGGAUUAUUGCCUUCAAUAGUUGGAUCACAGGUCCGGGUGUCUCCUUGUCAAUAGAGAGAUCCCCACGGUACAGAGAAUAGCUGACAAAGCCAUUGUUUUGACCAUGCACUUUGUUGUACAUAUCAUGAAGCUUAACAUAAGAAACUUAGCUCUGUUACAGCAAUGUAUAAAGCCACUUCUACUACUGUAAUUUUUGGUCAUUAAAAUAAGGGAAAAGCCACUCCAGUACAAUGCCAAGCCUAAUACAUCUGUGUAAAAGGAUUUGCCAGUACAGUGGUAGUUUCCGCCACGCUGUAAAAUCUCAUUGCCUGCAGCUAUCACCAGGAUGCUGGCUCACAUUCAGUCUGACUGGCCUUUGGUUCCCCUGAUCCUUCUGCCUGCUCUUGUGGAUGGGCUCUGCAUUAGCUAACCUCCAGUCAACUGCCAUCUCUCCAGUUGGCCAGGACUGCUGGUAAAUUAUUGACAGUGGCUUGGUGAGCACUUCUGGCAGCUCAUUCUGUACCUUAGUCCACAAAUGUCCAAUCUUUUGGCUUGCGUGGGCUGCACUGAGUGAAGAGGAAUUGUCUCAAGCUGCAUAUACAUAGGUUGCACCACAAGUAACAUCUCCUAUUUGUUUCGAUGGAAACUACAACAGCUACAAGGAGCACAGUAACACUAUUUGACAGAGCAAAUUCUCAGCUACAAAACACUAUUUCUCAUCAUAGUCAUCACCAUCAGCCAUGCAUUUUCACCAGCAGUGAACAGGAGCCGGAGUGCCACACUCCUCAAAACACCUUCGUGGAGAGAUCUCCAGGUCUGGAGGAGACAUGAUCAGAUUUUUCCUUGACUUGAAUGUCUGAUUACAACUCUAUACAUUCCAUUUGAAAAAUCACAGGUAAUGUGAUUUAUGUCAACUGAAAACAGAAUUGUGAAUAUAUUAAAAAAAAUUGAAGAUUUUUUUCAGCAGUCUUGAAACCUAUUCUCAAAUUCCUGUAUCAGAAUGGAAAGCACGGUUGCAUAUUUUUCUCUGUUCUCAGGACUGUGCUUAACCAGUGUAUCAAAAUACAAACAAUUAUUUGCUGUCACUUGGGUUAGCACUGCUCUGUGCCCUCCCCGUGCCUUGGUUUGAGCCCAGACAGCGCUGGUAGGACACUGGUGUUGUUACUGAGCUAUGGGUGCAUGCUUGGGACCAGGUCAUGCCAGUUGGAGGGGCAGAGCUGCUGCCAUGAUGGUGUGGGGUGGGGGGUGGCCACAGGAUGGGCUGUGCUGGGCCCCGUGUGGGCUGUGGGCCACGGGUUGGACAUGCCUGCCCUAAGGUGAUCCCACCUGGCCCCACAGAUCUGUGUGUGCUCAAAUGGUGUAGCAGGUCACAAGUAACCUCCCCUUGGAUUACAAGGACUUCAUUCUGCUCCAUGUCUCUGUGCUCAGCCAGGCUGGCCUUCUUCCCGCUCACUCAUCUGUGGCACACAGGGACAGCCCGCUCCUGUGCAUUCGAGAUUUCAUGCCAGAAGAGUAUCCAGCCUUCCUGGACUCCUCUGUCCUUUAGAACUGCCUCCCGAGGGACUCUGCCAACUGGGUCUCCGAAAUAAACCAAAAUAUGCCCUUUGAAAAUCCACAGAUCGUAUCUGCCAAAGUCAUCCCAGUCUCAUGCUGGGACUUCCCAAAACCAAAACAACGUUUCAUCACACAAGGCAGUUCUGAGAAGCCUUCAGCCACAGCUCUACCACAACUUCCACAGAAAGUCCUCGCAAACCCCACCCACAUCAAGCUUCUUCUGAAAACAAUUUGUAGAGUGACCAGGGCUGCAUCUGCAUUGCAUGGCACACUGCUGUCUGCUGGGCCCUGACCUUCCUACAGCAUGACACAAAACUCUCUAUGGUGUCCAUUGGAGGAGCAAUUCAUGAAGAUGAUAACGUGGUGAUGCACAAACCUUUGCCAUCUCCCAGCACAGGAGUCUGGGUAACAACAGCAGGAAGCAGCAGCUGCAGCCUUUCAGUAGCUCCAACAAGCAGGGCUGGCACUUUGCUAAGCUUUUUGUAAAGCCUAAGGAGGCUUGUAACUGGUUGGUACAAAAAACAGCCUGUUGGUACAAAAAGGAGAUGUCCUUUUGCUAGAAGGAAAAGUAGAAGCAGUGGAAACAGUGUGCAAACCACGUUUACUCUACAAGGUGAUGUGUCCUAACGUCAGCACGAGCCCUUUGUAUCAGGUUUUACUGGGAAAGGCUUACUGGUCUCAGAUGUGGGUUCUCUAACCCUUACUGCCAUGUCACAUGUUGCUUUUGCAUAUGACUUGGACACUGUUAGACCACACACGGCCUUUAAAUACAUUUUAAAAUUUCUUUGAAAACUGCAGUGCUCCACUGCACUUCUACAUUGCUGUUUCUUUCCUAAAAGGCUACCAAAGGGGCCAAAGUAGGAGGUGAGGAGCCAGAUGGGAGGGGCAGGGAUGGAGGAAGAAUAGAUGGAUGCCAUCAGGAAAUCUGGGCUGGCUCUGAUCCCACCGUCUGCAGGUCCAGUCAGGGCUGGCUUCACGGCCUCUCUGCACGACUGAUGGCUCUCAGUUCAUCCAGACCCUCCUAUUCAUGGAGUCCUCAGUACAGGAGAGGCAUGGACCUGCUGGAGCACAUCCAGAGGAUGGCCACAAAAAUGAUCCCAGGGGUGGAAAACCUCUCCUACAAGGACAGACUGAGAGAGCUGGGGCUGUGCAGCCUGGAGAGGGGAAGGCUGCGAGGUGACCUUAUAGUGGCCUUUCAGUAUCUGACGGGGAGAUACAGGAAAGAAGGGAGUAGACUAUUUAGCGGGGUCUGUGGUGAUAAAACAAGGGGAAAUGGUUUCAAGCUUAAAGAGGGGAGAUUUGGGUUGCAUAUAACGAAAAAGUCUGUUAUGGUAAGGGCGGUGAGGCACAGGAACAGGCUGCCCAGAGAUAUGGUGGAUGCCCUGACUCUGGAGACUCUCAAGGCAAGGCUGGUACAGGCCCUGGGCAACCUGAUGGAUGCCCCUAUUAGUGCAGGGGAGUUGGAUUAGAUGAUCUUUAAAGGUCCCUUCCAACACUAAGGAUUCUAUGAUUCUAUGAUUCAUAGCCACUAAUUCUGACAUCUACAUUCACUGAGACAUCCACCACACUCAGGAUCCCAUAGUUUUGUAGGGCACUGCACCUGUGAAUCUUCCCACCAGUUGUUUGGAACCAACCCUACGUAAAUUCCUGUGUCCCCUGCAGGUGCAUGAACUGAGGUGCAUAAACAUUGCUAUUUCAAACAAAAGGGUAAUCACACUAACAUUUAAACAUCCAAACACAAGCAUUACCCAGCAGUUUCCAAGGGAUGGAGAGAGACAAGCUGAGCCCUUCAGUGUUGGUUCUUAGUGUUGGUGUGGCUGGAGGGUUAAAGCUGGGUUACAGCACAAAGCAGCCUGUGAGUGUGUUAUCUGCCACCGUUUGUUCCUGUGUGGCUCUGAGGACAGAGAAAGGGGAAGCAGACUCAGCAACUAGGGUCACUCACAACAUGGGGCUGCUGCAAUUAAAACUGCUGUUUCACAGGCUUCCCAUGCUAAAAAUAGCACCAAUGCAUUCUGCUCCCAGACCUAUAAUUUCAUUUGGGUCAACAACUAUUGUUGAAGUGUCGCUUCUUCCCAUUAGAAAAUCAGAGAAGGAAAGACACUGGGCAAGAAGCUUGAGGAGCCUGAAUGCAGCAGGGCAAGGCGGUGUCCUGCUGCAUGUGGGGAGGGGAUGCUGGUACCUCCCUCACCUUCCCCCAGGCCCUGUCCUGCUGCCACAUGCCAGGCCUUGCACACCUGAGCUAGCAGAGCUGCACCAGGAGCAUGGGUGAGCACCCGGGGAGGGCUCUGUUUGGCUGCGGAUCAGCUUCAAGUCAGACACCAGGCACAGCUUACAGAGGAAGGAAAAAGUGAUUGUUCACUACAGAAAUAAGACUUAGAGCUCAGGAAGUGUAAAGAUCAAGUAGCUCUCAGCAAAAAAUCAGGGCAAUGGGUAUUUAAACAGUCAGGAGACAUCCUCUCCAUAAACAAAAAAAGCUGCUCACACACAUGAAUCACAAGCAGAAGGGAGCAAAUCACCCAGUGCUGCUGUUGAAACAAACAACAAAAGUUCUGCAGGCAUGACCUAAAAUCUGACUGCUCUGUCUCAGCUUUCUGUAAAGAUGAGCAAUCCAAGAGGUCCAGCAUUUUGAAGAAUUUGACACAAGAAAUCUCAAAGCAGAAACAAGGCUUUUCGGCAAGUCAGCCAACAGAGGGCCGGGGCAAAGACCAUCUGUAGGUGGGGGCAAGAUGGGAAGGGUCUGGCAAACAGCUGCACUACUAUGCCCAGACCUGAAAACUGCAGUUUCAAGUAUCUGAAUAACAUUAAGCAUGAAGGAACAAAAAAUAAAUGUCAGAAAUGACUGGUGCUUUAAUUUUCAAGAAUAUUUUGCCACACUGUCUUCUGCCACCAAGAAAGAAGCUGGUAAGUGAUGCUGAGCUGCUCUGCCAUAUCCCAGUGAACUUGCUGUCCACAGCCACCUGCUUUGUGCCUGGAGACACUAUCCCUCCCUGGAAGCCUCUCUGGGCUGGCAGGGAAGCAGCUGCCCUCACCUGGUGUGGGAUGAUCCCAGCACCAAGCUGUGAAUGAGAAGUGUGGUGCUGGAGAGAUGCCAUGAGCUGAGCUCCAGGAUUGACAUUGACUUCUCAUGGUUAAUACUGGUAGUGAUGCCUUGCCAUGUGCAGUAGGAGUGUGCACAUUCCUCAGGUGUUGUCCACAAAGUGGCUCCUGUGCAGUGAUGAUGCUAUCAAAAUUCAGGAGCUGGAUGAUGUUGAAAAUGAAACUACUAACAAGGAUUGUGACAUGGAACUGAUAUCAUUUAGGGAUCAAAGAGCUGGGUGUACUAAUAGGACAGCAACUGCUUGUAAGAUCUGUGAAGAGGCAGAAUGGGAAGCCUCGGGAGAAGACUUUAAGCCAAGCUCUAUAACAACAUUAUAGUAGCAAGGAGUAAAUCUCAGAGGCUGAUUUGCAAUGCACAGACAGACAAUGCACAAAUACUCCAGAAGCUACUCUUUGACCUGGAAGCAGGUCUUAAGAUCUUAGAAGCAGAAAGUUGGAAGGGUUUGCCCAGGACAGCAACUCAAGGUACCAAUAGCCUCUGAGCCUGCUGAGCCACUCACCUGAGCUCUUCCUGCAGGUGGGCUUACAAUGGAUGGCUAUCAUGGAGCCCGUGGCCAGGAGGUGCCUUCAUCACAGGGCAGAUGUGAAUUCCGGGGUCAAAGGGUCACAGUGCCAGGUUUUCUCAGAAUUACUGGUUGACAAGAACUGUGGAAGAGAAGAGUAUUGCUGUGAUUCAGACUGAAACACACUUCUGACAAAUGCAAAACUGUCUGCAAACCUUAGACUUCAGCACUCCCACAGCUGGGUGAAUGGGACCAGGAGUCCACCGAGGCUGCUCUGUCGUGGGGCUCAGCGCAGUGAGCAUCAGGCAGCAGAGAGAGGAUCUCAGGGACCCUCCAGGACAACAUGUUCUCUUCGGGCAGCACGCACAGCCUGUUGGGCGAGAAAGGUUGAUGGAUGCCAGCGAGGCAUUGGGCACUGGAAAGUGAAUUGAAGGAAAAACCCGAAGUCAUUCCAUCGCCAGAGGAACGUCUGCAGGACCACAUGGUAGAUGAAUGUUUCACUAUACCACAGGGCUACUACAUGGGCUUCUCAGUCAAUAGGGGGUGGUGUGAGCCAUGGCAGCGGCAGCAGCAGAGGAAGCUCUGCCCCGGGGAAAUGCACUGGGGAGGGGUGGGGAUGCUUCCUCCACCAGCAUUGUUGUUGCCACAAUCACCUUCAAGUGGUCAUCGCAGAACACCUCACUGGUCACAUGCUGGGAGCACUGCUGGGAGGGCUCAGCACGCUGCAUGCUGCACCACAACCAGACUCGAGGAACAUUCGACCUCUCCAAGGACAGCGAGCGAGCAGGUAAUUCAUCCUGGUUAUUUGUUGGCAUGGUUACUGGAGCUCUGUAAGGCACUGCCUUUCUCCAUCCAUGGUGGGACACCCAGGUGGUGGUGGAGAAACUGGGAGAGGGCUGGAGCCUGUGCAUUUGCAAAUCUCAUUUUGAUACUAGCCACGGUAGACAUGCUGUGGAUGCUAACGGGCAGCCUACACCUUUGCUAAAUCUCCCCACUGUCUAUUACAACUUACCCAUUUCCCUUAUUUUUUCUGGUCUCAAAAUGUUCCUCGCGUCCAAAACACAGAGCUGCUGCAGGUACCCACAGUGCACGUUCUCUCACAGAAGGAUUGCUUGGCAGCAUGAUUUUCAAAGCUGGUUGAGAGCUGCAGCUCCCGCAGAGGCUGCAGCACUGCCCUAGAGAUGGCUUAGCCUGGAUGCUUUGGAUCCUAGAGAAUCUGCACACACAGAGCCAUGUUUCCCUCACAGGGAAAAUCCACAAACAUCUCAGACCUCCCAGGGCUUUUGUGACCAUGUCUCGCAGGGCAGCACAGAAUAUAAUCCUGCAUUAACUCUUCCAAAGCAGGAAGGCAAGGAGCAGCAUGGCCCGUUGGGUGAAAAAAACACCCACCAGAUCAUGUUCAGCUCACCACUGUAUUUCACAUGGCUGCUGACUGCAUCUCUUGCCAUGCCUUUUUUUCUUGCACUUUGGCAGAUUGCUCUGUUACUUCAGAGAUUAAGACCAACUUUCACAAUCCUUGAAAGACAGCAUGCAGCCCACAGAUCUCUCUCUGAUUCUUGCCGCAGACUACAAAAUGUCAUGACGAACUAUAGGACUCUACGGCAGCUAAGAGAGAUAGAUGAAUAAUUGCUCUUUUCACUAACAAGAAGUGAUGACAGCACAGGAUCGAAGGAGAGGACAGCUGUCUCUUUGCAGCACAUCUCCCAGAGCAUACUGUACAGUGAGGAUGCUGGCUGGCUUCUUGUGAGCACCACUAUGACGGGAGGGAUGAGACCCAAGUUUAGGCAUCCCCUUCCCAUUGCCAAAUGAGCUGUAACAGUUCACAUAACUCUCAGCUGCAGGAUAUCCACUUCUGGCUCAUCUGGAUCUAGCCCAAAACAGAAGCACAAUCAUUCUCCAGCCUUGCCUUUUGCUAGCCAUUCGCCCUGCGUGGGAUGCAGUGAGAACUGCUUUUCGCCCCUCCACAGCUGACCAGGCUCACGUCCCAUCCUCUCUCUUCCCACCAGGUGCCCUGCAGACAGUUCAGCUCUGCAGCAUCAUCUGCUCGGUCUCAUUUUCGCUGCUGGUAAAUCUCUGAGGCCCACGAAGUACUAUCUAGAUUAAUCACCGAUUCAGUCACAGUCUAGCUUCUAAAAAAUACAAACUGCUUUUCCAGGAACUGUGCCUCUUAAUAUCUCCAAAAUGAACCAGAGCAGCUGCAAUAUCACAGCUGACGAAAACUUUCCGCUUGUCCAGCUGUGUGUUUACAUCCCAUUAUUGCUGCUGGGCAUUCUGCUGAACGUGUUGGCGCUAUGGGUGUUCUGCUGCAAGCUCAGCAAGUGGACAGAAACCAGAGUAUACAUGGUCAACCUGGCCGUGGCUGACUGCUUGCUGCUCUUUACUUUACCUUUUAAAAUGUUAUCCCAGUUCCAACAGAUGAAGGCGGACAGAUGGUGUCUGAUUCUGGAAGGUGGCUAUUUCAUAAACCGCUUAAUGAGCAUCGGCAUCAUCACUGUUGUAGCAGCCGACCGGUACGUGGCUAUCAAGUAUCCCUUGAAAGCCAAAGCACUGCGGUCACCGCUGCAGGCAGCUUUUGCAUCUGGAUUUCUUUGGAUAAUCAUCAUCUGUGCAAUUUCCCUCAUUAAAAUGGUAGAAAGCCGAGAGCAUGAUAAAUUUUGCUUUGAGAAAUCUUCUGUCAAGCCCUCCGUCAUCACGCUGUGCGCUAUUAUCGGAGGGUUCUUCAUACCACUGAUCGUCGUGAUUUACUGCUCCACACAAGUCAUUGCAGAGCUCCUGAGAAAGAAAAAUGAGAACUGCCACAAGGAAAGGUUAAUCAGGAAGGCUGUCUAUAUCGUGAUUGCAAACAUGGCUGUGUUCAUCGUAUGCUUUUUGCCUCUUUAUGUUGGGCAUCUCCUUCGCUUUCUAAUGGACUCCUUCAGCUCCAGCUGCCCCGCGAUACAGAAGGUUAGCAACUUUGUUCACCUUGCCUCGGUCCUCGCCAACACAAACUGCUGCCUGGAUGCUAUUUGUUACUACUUUGUAAACAAGGAAUUUCAGGAAGCGUCUCCCAAGCUAGUGAGGACCAAAUCUGACUCAGGCGAAACAGCUGAAGUUCAGCUCCCAGGAAUAACACAUCAGAGCCAAAUGUAGAGGGCUCCCUUUUUGUGUGAGAGUGAUGGAGGGACUUUCUGCUGAUGGGAAAGAUUCAGACAUGAAAAUGAGCCCUCAUUCAGACAACCACAGCAGUCCAGAUGCUGAUGCAACAAUCUAGAUCAUCACUGACAAUUCUCUGCCUCAUCCAAAUUUGAGUAAGGUAGAAUCACAGAAUCAUUUCCCCACAAACCCCAGCAAGUACAACCAGUGGGAAAAGUUUUUGCUGUUUACCCCCUACCUUGGGCCAGUUUUGAUGUAGCUGUAGCUGUGACAAAGAAACAGAAAUUAUUUGAAAUAUCAAAAAAGGAAAAAAAAAUCUCAAAGCGAAACCGUUGCAGAAAAAGUAAGGUGGAUGGUUUUAUGUCAAAAAUGUCUUUUCUUAGUAAUAACCACCCAAUCACAGAAGCAGAUGCUUUAGUCAAGUUUACAGCAUCGUUUGGACUGUAUGACAGCGAUAAAAUGGUGAUCAGUAGAAAUAUGGGGUCAGAAGGAACUGCAAUUGCUCGUAUAGAGGAAAAAGCUUCACACUGAAUGCAUCUGAGUCAAACUGCAUUAAAAAUAUUAUCCAAAGAGCUGGGGUGGGUGGGAAUGACAACUCUGUAAAUGGAAUUUACAUUGUAGUGUAAAUAAUUAUCUAAAGAAAGUAGCAACAAAUUCUUCCAAAGUAUCCAAUAUAAAUAAAUUUGUAUUAUUGGCACAGA